AUGUCUAACAACGUUGGAGCAAAGCUCAUAAAUAAUAUUGAAAAAGCCGAAAAACUUGUAGCUGAACUUAAAACUAAGCUCGGCGAAGUUACUAAAUUUAAAGUUGAAGUAAAAAUAAAAGAACUAACGCAAGACAACGCAUCUUUAUUAAAACAAGUCGAAAAAGCUAAAGCUGAAUUAAUACGACUAGAAAUAUUACAUGGUAAAAAACAAUAUCCUUUGCCAGGAAAAGUCAUACCAAAUGUAACAUCAGAACAACCAUGCCCUAAAGAAAAUGUUCCACCAGCUGUUAAAAAAGAGAAAAAAGAUAAGGAAACUAAGAAAAGCAAAGAAAAACAAGCACAAGUACCAAACAAUGACACUGUUGUUGAUAUCAGAAAGUUAGAUUUACGUAUUGGCAAAAUUGUGGACAUAAAUAAACACCCAGAUGCCGACACCUUAUAUGUAGAGAAGAUAGACUGCGGUGAAGACAACCCUAGAACAGUUGUAUCAGGACUGGUUAAUCAUGUUCCUAUUGAAGAAAUGAAAGACCGAAUUGUUAUGGUACUAUGUAACUUGAAACCAGUAAAAAUGCGUGGAGUUACUUCAGAAGCUAUGGUUAUGUGUGCUUCUUCACCUGAGAAGGUAGAAGUUCUUAUACCACCAAAUGGAUCCGUUCCUGGAGACCUAGUAUCUUGUGAAGGAUAUCCUAGAGAGCCAGAACCACAACUGAAUCCCAAGAAAAAGAUAUUUGAAACUUGUGCACCUGAUCUUAAAACAAAUGAUGAAUGUGUAGCUUGCUAUAAAGGAAGUCCUUUAGUUGUGCCUAGUAAAGGCCCAGUAGUAGCACCUACACUCAAAAAUGUAAAUGUUAAG